CUGGACAGGGCUUUUCUAAUCUUGUCGGCAACACAGGCAUGGAAAAGGAAGUAUUCCCAUUGGUAUCUCAGCAUUACCCCUGUCUUCGACUUCGCCAAACCCAUCCUCCGACCUUCACCGACUUCAGCCAUCGGCAAUCGUUCAUGCCACGAGACACUUCCGUCCCGACUUCCGUUUGAUCAUCGCCACUCGAUAGAAAUCAUCAUCUAACACUUCCUUCCCUAUGAUUUUGGAUAUAUCAGAGACGGGCAUGAUCGAUUCCAACGAUGGAGCUGCCCCAGAAAGUCCAUAUGCUUCUCCGACCAUGCAAUGCGAAAAGGCCCGCACGAAGAAAUGGGCACCGAAAACCUUCAACGGUUGCUUGACUUGCAAGAAAAGGAGAAUCAAAUGUGACGAGGGGAAGCCUUCUUGUCAACGAUGUAUCAAGUCCAAUAUCAAAUGUAGUGGCUACGCACCACCCAAGAUCCGGUUAUUCGAACCUGUCAGUUCUGCUCCGUCGUCAACAGGCCCUUCUUCGAUAGCACCAUCCCCUUCGCCGGAGGUCCCACCCCCAGAACUCCCUCGCAGAAACUCUUCCCUUCAAUCAUACCUCAACUCCUAUCCUCAUUCUCAAGAGCUUGCUUUAGUUCCCAGCUUUGGGACAGAAGAAGAAUACCGAUCCUUCCAAUUCUUCCUUGAGAAGACCGCCAACCUCAUUUCCGUCUACUCUCAACCAUAUCUGUGGACCGUCCUCCUUCCGCAAGCGACAUGGCACCAACCAGCCAUCAAGCACUCUAUUAUUGCACUUGCCAACCUGCACCAAUCUCUCAUAUCAUCGGAGUCGGCCUCGACACAAGCACGUCACACCUUCAUGACACAUUACAACGCGGCAAUUCGAGCUUUGAUCACAGAUAAACCGCCCAUCGACGUCGUCCUGGCAUCAUGCGUCAUUUUCUGGGUCCUGGAAAACUUCAACGGCAGCGGCCACGCCGCCUUCGACCACAUGAAAGCAGCCAUCAAGAUUCUAGGAGAAUGGAAGGCAAAGAGACGACCGAACGAUCCCGCUCACGACCUAAUCUCUACAUACAUCGAACCGACAAUAAGAGACGGGAUCAAGUUCGCGCCCGUAGCACGCGUUGAAGAGCUUGAGGAUCAGAUCGCUGCGUUAUCCCUCAGUCCUCAGGACAUGCGCAUCAUGAACUAUAACCUGUCCCCUGCCUUUGACACACUCGAGAUGGCCAGCGAUUACCUUGGCGAUUGCAUUGGCAACAUCCUCGUUCUGAUGUCUACGGAAUAUGACGAAGAGGUGAUCGAGUCCAUCAACGAGCUCGAUGCAAAACUGUACAAGUGGAUGAACCUUUUCCAGAAGCUGACGGCCACAGGCCCAGUCUAUCAGCGGAGGAUGCUCCUUGUGCACAAUGUCUCGGCGUGUAUACUCCUCGACAAGUUGAAAGAGCAGGCCGGGUUGCCGACAGAAGUGUUGCAACCACCUCGCUGUCGCGGGGACUUUCUCGUGCAUGAAGUCGAGGACAUGCUCAAGCACGAUGCCCGCGCCACCACCGCGGACUCCCGUGCCACAGUGUUUUUAGGCUUCAUCCCACCCAUGUUUCUCGCUGCGUCGUCCGCGCCGAAAGUCGAGACCCGAAGGCGAGCGAUCAAUGCCCUAAGACUCUUGAACCUGGUCGAAGGCUCUUGGAACACCGAGGUUGCUGCCACAAUCGCCGAAGCCAUGUUGGACAUCAUGUCUCAGACCUCGACAGUGUCUUCGGAAGUCGAAUUGAAGCACAUGAGGUUUGGCAUCGACGUCUCUCGUCGUACACUCUACCUGCGAUGGGAGCCCGACGACGAGGAGCAAUACCAACACGUAGACAAGGAGAUUGAGCUGGAUGAUAUGACCCAAUUUGAUUCGGACUUGCCGGAGCUGAUCAAGCGUUUUGGCUACCCGUCUACGAGCCCAUGAAGCCCAUAAAUGGAUCAUCAAAAGUCUGCAAUGGAACGGCGUUUUGACAUUUUUUGCGUCCUGGGAUGCUGACAAGAACCUCUGCGAUUGUUGAACGAGAGGAACUACAGGCGCACAGGGUGAUAUGGCGUUGAGUGAAUUUUCGAGCCCGGUCUUCCACGAGAGUCAGGGAAAUAUUACUCCACACGGGAAAGCAGAUGCUACCACACACAGAUGAGAUGG